AUGACGACGACGGUGAACACGGCGGCGGAGAUGAUGAACAACACUGCGGAGGCUGAGUACGCGAGGGCUAAGACGUCGAUUUGGUGGGACAUUGAGAACUGUGCGGUUCCCAAGGGAUGUGAUGCUCAUGGGAUAGCUCAGAAAUUAAGAUCAUCUCUGAUGGAGAUGAAUUACUGUGGGCCUCUCUCUAUCUCUUCCUAUGGCAACACCGAUCUCAUCCCUAAUUCUGUUCAGCAAGCUCUCUCCUCCACUGGAGUCUCUCUUAAUCACGUCCCCUCCGGAAGGAAAGACGCGAGUGACAAGAAGAUUCUGGUGGAUCUGUUUUUGUGGGUUGUGGAAAAUCCUGCUCCGGCUAAUAUAAUGCUGAUCUCCGGUGACGGAGACUUCUCUGAUGCUCUUCACCGGCUGCGAAUGAGGAGGUACAACAUUCUUCUGGCACACCCUCCUCAAGUUUCAGCCUCGCUGGUCGCUUCUGCGAAGACGACAUGGCUCUGGAGAAGCUUAUUGGCAAGUGGUUGUCCUCUCACACACUGUGAAUCCUCACGGCUGCUUGAUAAUGGAAGUUCUUCUACCUUUGAUUCUCAUAUACCCAGCCAAGAUGUUUCUGAACAUGUUUCGUCCAGACAACCAGUGGAUUCAGGGUCUGGUUCUAGCUGGUUUCCGGGAGAUAAACUCAAGGGAAUCUAUGUCCCGAAAGCACCAAAUCAGCCCUCGAAACAGGAGACAAGAAGAAAGCGUAAAUCUGCGUGGUUCUGCAAAGUAUGCAAUGUUGCUUUCAAAAGCUUUGAAAUUUUCACCAAGCAUCUCUCUGGUAAAGAACAUGCAGCUCAGUGGGAGCUGAAGCAUAACUUGGAAUUGUUGGGAGAGCCUGAAAACAUGGCUGCAGCACCAAGCGAGUGUCGUGAGAAGGACAUGGAGAUGACGAACAAGGUCGUUGAAGCCGGUGAUGAGGCUCUCGUUGAUGCCAAAAACACUGAAGAAAGUGUUCAAGACAAUGGCCAAGAGUCUAUGAAGAAGUGCUUGGAGAAACAGAACAAGGAACUAAUAGAGACUUGUACAAGAUCUGAAAGUAGUGGAAGAGAGUUCUGGCAAGAUUUUAAAGACAGGAUGGGGAUGGAUGGUGUAACUCCUCUAAAUGCAGAUUAUGUAUUCAGUGAACUUAGCCGCGACUUUCGGGUGCCCAAAGAAAUGAGAGAGUGUUUUGACGCGAUCCUGAAGAAAUUAGAACCUACACAAAAUGAGAUUGUGAUCGAGAAGUCAGAAGGCUUGGAAAAGGAGUCAGGUGAACCAGAAAAUGCACCUGCAGGACAAACUGAGCAUCUCGAGGAGGACAUGAACAAGACGAAGAAGAAGAAGAAGAAGAAGAAGAAAGAGAAGAGUACAGUGAUUGAAGAUAACGCUGCAACAUUUUUUUGCAGUUUUUGCAGUGUCUUUUGUGAUAGUCCUGCCAUGAUCGAGUCUCAUCUUAAUGGCCGGAAGCAUGCUGCUACGAUUAAGAAGCACAAUGAGGCUCUGCUUGACGAUAAGCAAAUUCAAGAGGAAAUCAUUCAAGAUAAUGGUUACCUGAAAGAAAUGAUAGAGGAGCUCCAUAUUCAGCCUGGAAAGCAAAACAAGGAGCAUAGAGAAAGAUGUGCCAGCCCUGAAAGGAGUGUCGAAGAGAUUUUUCUAAAUUUUGAAGACGUUCUGGAGAAUGGAGAGUGUAGCUUCACUGAAGUAAACCCCGAGUUUUCGGCCCCUAAAGAAACUAGAGAAUGGUUUGAUGCCUUUUUCAAGCGACUAGAACUUUCACAAGAUGCAAAUGUAACCCUGGAGUUUGAGAACAUACCAAACCAGUUCCUUGAAAUGAACACAGGCGAUCUUGAGAGUAACUCUGCAGGAGCGACUGAGCAUCCCGAGGAGUAUAUGGAGAAGAAGAGGAAGGACAAGGUGACUAAAGAUGGAGCUGAACCUGAAGCAUAUGUGUGUAGUAUUUGCAGUGUGAUCAGCGAUUGUCCCAUUGUUUUUGAGUCUCAUCUGAUGGGCAGGAGACACGCUGCUAGGGUAAAGAAGCAUGCAGAGGUUCUAUUUGACGAUAAGAAAAUUCUAGAAAAAAGACUUAAAGAGAGAGAUGAUGAGAGUGAAGAGAUUCCAAUUGCUGAGUUUCCGGAACCCAAAGAAGCAAGAGAGCGACUUGACUCAAUGGUGAAGAGAUUAGAAGUUUCAUUGGAGGAGGAUACAUCAAAGCAGACGCCGGGUGAGUGUGAAAACGCAUCUGAGCGUGUGGAGGAGGAGACGAAGAAGAAGAAUGGAGCUGCCGUAACUGAAACUAGGGUUUGUGAUUGGUGCGACGUGAAGUGCUUUUCCGAAGCUGACUUUUAUUCACAUCUGACAGGCAAGAAGCAUGCUGCCGCUGUGAAGAAGCUUGUUCCCGUUGUGAAGAAGCAUGUUGCCACCACGGUGAGGAAGCAGUCUGGGACCAAAUUUAUUUAUGUUAAGAAAAAUGGAUCAUAA